AUGGCAGCACCAUCAAGCGUCGAUAUUAAGAACCUCCAAGGGAAAUGGGUCAUGAACAAAGUCAUCUCGGAUGCUUUUGACCCCGUCCUCGCGCUGCAAGGCAUCGGCUGGUUGACCCGGAAAGCUCUUGGCGCUGCAACCGUAUACCAGCACCUGAGCCAGUCACCAACAACCGGCGAGGACGGCCAGCCCACCACACAGAUUGACAUCGAUCAGGCUGUCACUGGUGGCCUUAAAGGUAGUACUGAGAAACGCACGCUAGACUGGCACUAUCGUGGGCACUCUGACUGGCUUUUUGGCACCCUCAAAGGGCGGUCACGUUACAACACUUUGGCAAAGAUCUUAGAGGAGAGCAAGGGUAAUGGCGUGGUUGAAGAGGAUGCCAAGUACUUAGUGGAGGGUUGGCUGAAGGAAACAGAAGACGGCGAGGUGGUCGAGAGCUACGUAGACAAUGAAGGGAACAAAUGGACGGGAUGGCAAAUUUGGGGGUUUUCGGAGAUCAACGGUGUGAGAAGGCUGACGAGGAGGUUCGCCAUUCGGAAGAAGGACAAGAAUGAGGUUGUCCGAGUACGUUUGGUAUACGACUAUGCAGGAGAGCUAUAA